UCCAUGCUGCAACGAAGUAAACGACAGAGCUCUGUUGCAAUUUGGGUCCUGUGCUUAUUCCCGCUGGCUGUACAGCUCAGUAGCCGCUGCCAAUCCUGGUGGAGUAAGGGACAGUGUACCAUCGAAACCCUACAUUUGGUGUCAGAAGUGGGAUACGGCGCUGCUGUUCUGAGUGCACACCAUACGGAAGUGAACAUGGGCCCCAAGCAUCAUCAUAAGGUCGUCAAGAUGGGUGAAGCUGCACCAGUGGAGAGCCGGGAGGAGGGUGCUACAGGGGGGCCGCCUGUAGGUUUGCAGUCCGGGGAGGAACCACCGGUGUCAGCAGAUAUGAACUCUAUUUUCAGUAUGGUGCAAAGAUGUCUUCAGUUCCAGAGUGACCUGAGAGAAAGGUGGGACAGAGAGACUGUAAAACAAGAACAGAGAUGGCGGCAGAUGCAGGUGCAAGUCAAUAACCUCAGAGACGAGGUAGAGACACAGCAGAGAGUUGAACCUCAGCCCCAGCCAGGGCCCUCUUCACAGCGGCCAGCCGAGCCAUUCCUUUCAUCCCCGGCCAGGAGCGAGCCAGCAGCAAGGGGCUGGGCUCAGACAGCUGUUCCCAAGUUGGAGGAGGGGGAUGAUAUUGAACAGUAUUUAACCACCUUUGAGCGCCUGGCAGCAGCUUACCAGUGGCCAGAGGUGGACUGGGCUGUGAGAUUGGUGCCAUAUCUUACUGGCAAAGCCCGUGCAGCGUAUGUGGCCAUGGCUGCUGAUGACACAUUGGACUAUAAAAUGGUGAAAGAGGCCAUUUUAACAAAAUAUGAAAUCAAUGAAGAAGUGUAUCGACAACGGUUCAGAGAGCCUGACAUCCAGCCUGGGGAGACCCCGCGGGAGUUCUACAAUCGGCUCAGAGACCUGUAUCAGAAGUGGAUGCAGCCUGAGAAGAAAACCAAGGAGCAGGUUGGUGAGGUUCUCAUUCUUGAGCAGUUCUAUCGCUCCCUGUCUCCGGAACUCAGAGUGUGGGUCAAAGAGCGCAAUCCAACUUCUGCACGAGAGGCAGCUGAGCUGGUGGAGAACUUCCUUGCUGCUAGACGGGGGCCAAAGACCUUCCGGCAGGUGAGGGGCCCCCUUGAUGUUCUUCAGGAGGCCUGGGUCAGCCAAAAGGCCGGGAGCUCAAACAAUGUGCUCGCCUAUGUCCUCCGGAUGAGGGAGAAGAUGGAGGAGGUAACCAAGAUGGUGAGGAAGCGGAUGGAGAGAGUGCAGCGUGGCCAGCAAACCUGGUAUGACAAGGGUGCCAGGGAGAGGUCCUUUGAACCGGGCCAGCAGGUACUUUUGCUUCUUCCCACAGUGGAGAACAAGUUGCUGGCAAAAUGGCAGGGGCCAUACUCCAUUAUCAGGAAGCUUAGCUCCACCACCUAUGAGAUUGAGAUGCCGGAGAGGAGAAACCCGAGGCAGGCAUUUCACAUCAAUCUGCUGAAGGAGUGGAAAACCCGGGAACCUCCACCCAGUCAGCAGUUGUUUGUCCGGGCAGUGAAAGAGGAGGAGGAUGCGGAGGGUGAGUUCACACCUACGAUUCACUCUACUGCCUCACUUGAUCUCUCUCAUCUCUCUCUGACCCAGCAGCAGGAGUUGGAGGCCAUUAUCCCACCAGAUCUUUUCCAGGAGAAGCCAGGAACAACAGAUCUGGUGAAACAUGACAUCCAUUUGAAGGACAGCACCCCCAUCAGGCAGAGAAUGUAUCGGAUUCCGGAGAGGAUGGUCCCAGUGCUGAUGGAGGAGAUUGAGGUCAUGCUGGAGCUGGGUGUGAUAGAGCCUUCCACCAGUGAGUGGAGCAACCCAGUGGUUCUGGUAAUCAAGAAAGAUGGAAGCAUUCGCUUCUGCAUCGACUUCAGAAAGGUAAAUGCCCAAUCUGACUUUGAUGCUUAUCCAUUACCAAGGCUGGAUGAUCUCAUAGAGCAAGUGGGCCAAGCCAGGUUCAUCAGCACACUGGAUCUCUGUAAGGGAUACUGGCAGGUUCCCCUUACAGAGGCUGCAAAACCUCUCACUGCUUUCAGAACUCCCCAGGGACUGUGGCAGUUCACCAAGAUGCCUUUUGGACUCCAGGGGGCUCCAGCCACAUUUCAGAGGCUGAUGAACAGGGUCCUGUCAGGUAUGGGAACAUUCUGUGCAGCUUACCUUGAUGAUAUUGUCAUCUACAGCAACUCAUGGCAGGAACAUCUCACCCAUCUGAAGGAGGUCCUGCAGAGGAUCAAGCAGGCUGGCUUGACAAUCAACCCCCGGAAGUGCGCUUUGGCAAGGCAGGAGCUCCAGUAUCUUGGGCACAUUCUGGGUGGGGGUGUCAUCAAGCCAGUGAAGGACAAAGUGGUGGCAGUCAAAGCAAGAGAAAGACCAACCACCAGGAAGCAGGUCAAAUCCUUUCUGGGCUUGGUGGGGUGGUAUCGACGGUUCAUCAGGGAUUUCUCUGCCAGAGCUGCACCACUUUCUGAUCUCACCAGUACAGCCAAGACCAAGAUUGUCUGGGGAGAGGAACAGGAGAGGGCAUUCCAGGACCUGAAGGAGGCUCUGUGCCAGGAGCCUGUGCUCCAGAGCCCUAACUUCAGCUUGCCGUUCACUGUCCAGACGGAUGCCUCUCACAGGGGAAUCGGCGGUGUGCUUCUGCAAGGAGAAGGAGAGGACAAGAAGCCGGUGGCCUACAUCAGUAGGAAACUCUUCCCCCGGGAGACCAGAUACUCAGCCGUGGAGCUGGAGUGCUUGGCCGUCAAGUGGGCAAUUGACUCCUUCAGGUAUUAUCUGCUCGGAAGAGAGUUCACCCUGGAAACUGACCACAGAGCGCUGCAGUGGUUGGAGUCGAUGAAAGACACCAACAGCCGCAUCACAAGAUGGUUCCUGUCCCUGCAGCCCUACCGGUUCUGCAUCCGCCAUGUACCAGGGAAGCAGAACACCGUGGCUGACUUUUUGUCUCGCAGCGAGCACCGCGAGCCAUCCGAAGGGGAGGGAAAUGUGAGGGAGCUGCAGGCAUCCCCUCACUAAGCAGGUGCACAGCUCCAUUAUGUACACCCCAAACACAUAUAUAUCAGAUUAAGAUGUGUUGUUUAUGCAGUUGUAGUGAUUGUGAUUGUGGCAGUCUGCUAAAGAUGGAUCCUAUUUAGGGGAUUGGUACACACACACACAAUUGGGUUAUUUUCAGAUGUUUUCUUUUGUUAUGUUGUGAAUUUGGCCCUGAUCUCUCUCUCUCUCUGAGGUGGUGCUUGAGAUCAACAUUCUCAUGGAGGCGCGCCCAUGAGAGGGUUGCUGAUGAGGAUCUGGUGUGCGCAAUCAGCCUCAUUGGAGCA